AUGGACAAAAUCCAUUCCCACAGGCAGGUAGCUGCUAUCAAACACUCCCUCUUUGAUCAGGGAUAUUUGGAUGAGCAAUUUAUCCAACUGGAAGAAUUGCAGGAUGAUGCAAAUCCUAACUUCGUUGAGGAAAUUGUCACUCUCUACUACCGUGAUUCCUCGAGGCUUAUCUCAAACUUGGACCACACACUGGAAAGGAACCCUCUGGAUUUCAACAAGCUGGACACACUUAUGCACCAGUUUAAAGGAAGCAGCUCAAGCAUUGGAGCUAAAAGGGUGAAAGCAGAAUGCACUCUGUUUAGGGAAUAUUGCAGGGCAAGAAAUGGAGAAGGAUGCAGGAGGAGCUUCCAACAAAUGAAGAAGGAAUAUGCAACACUGAGAAAGAAACUUGAAACAUAUUUUCAGCUGGCUAGGCAAGCUGGGCCCCUGGAGACAGCAUACAGGCCCAAGUAA